AUGGAUGGUAUUGAUAACCUAAAUACUGGACGAGCGUCUACGACGAGCGAAGCGAAAGUCACUCAGACAGAAGAAAAGGAGAAAGAGAAGGAGAACGAGAAAGAGAAGGUGGAAGUGAAAAUUGGACUCCGAGAAAAGUUUUUACAGUACUUUAAGAGCAGCUUCCACAAACCAACUGGUAAGGAUAUAAAUUUAAAGACAAUUUUGCAAUGC